UGCGGCAUAUCUGCCUUCCCGCAGGGACGAAGGCAUAUAGUUCCCGCCAGUUUGUAGAUAGCUAGACAUCUGGUGACCUAGACGUUUGUUUUCCUAGCUCAGCUGGGCGAUCUCCCGUUGGGGAAACGCGAGGAGGCGCAUAUCCAAUCUCCUAAGUGCCCCACGGUGUCGGAGACCCUGGCCUCCCUAUGGGGCUCUGGACGGGCCCUUCAUCAUAAGGUCCCUUUAAAUACUCUGUCCCUUACCUGAGUCCCGCCCAGGACAGGUAGUCGCAAACCCCACCCCUCUGCCAGGAACCGGGAUCAGGCCGAUUAUAGGGAGCGCGGGAGCGGAGUGGGAAACCCAUCCCUCCCCUCCCCUCUUGCCUGCCCCCUUUCACAGCUGUCCUGGCCGCAGCUGGCCUCGGAGGCCCUGCUUAAGGAGGAGGGGGCAGUGCUCACACAUCUGAACAGGGGCUGAGGCACCUGUCAUCUCUAUCACACCUGGUUCCAGGUGUCCACAAACUAUGAGGAGCCACCCCUCUCUGCUGCUGCUAUACCUGGGGUUGACCACCUGCCUGGACACCUCGCCCAGUGGAGAGCAAGACCAAGAAGUCUUCCUGGACGCCCCAGAGGCCUGGAACUUCCUGGGCAGCCAUAGGCGGGUUCCACGAGCCAACCACUGGGACCUGGAGCUGUUCACACCAGGGAACCUGGAACGGGAGUGUUACGAGGAGAAGUGUUCUUGGGAAGAGGCACGGGAGUACUUCGAGGACAAUACUCAGACAAAACAAUUCUGGGAGACCUACAUCUACAAUGGCAAAGGAGGGCGUGGACGAGUGGACGUAGCAGGCCUGGCUGUGGGGCUGACAUCUGGCAUCCUGCUCAUUGUCCUGGCCGGCCUGGGAGCUUUUUGGUAUCUCCACUGGCGACGGCGCCGAGGCCAGCAGCCCUGUCCCCAAGAGGCCGAGCUCAUCAGCUCUCUGAGUCCUCUGAGCGCUCCUGGCCCGCCGACGCCCCUGCCUCUACUCCCACCCCCAGGCCUCCCUACCUACGAGCAGGCUCUGGCUGCCUCUGGGGUGCACGACGCACCGCCGCCCCCCUACACCAGCCUCCGGAGGCCUCGCUGAAGAGCAGCUUCCGAGCCGGGGUCCCCGAACCGUGCCCCAGAUUCACACCGGAUUCCGGAAGCCCCCAGGCCUCAAACUGCGGAGCUGAGCUUGGGGGGUGGUGGGAGUAGGGGGUCCUCUGGCUCAAGGCCUCCCCUGGCACACGUGUUUCCGCCGCGUACGGAUACACGCAUGUCCCUGGAGAAAGUGUUCCCGCGUCCCGGCGCCUCGCGGGCCCCUAUGCUCUGCUGACCUUGGGGUACCCACCAGCCCCGCCCCCGGGGUAGGCGUGUCGUGGAAACUCGGACCCAGGCGCGCGGGCCGGGUGUGCGGACUUGCGUGUGUGAACAGGUUUGACACGACCAUCUCCGUCCAGGGCCACGCACACGCCGAGCCCCGCCCGUGCACACGCAUGUCUUCGUGCACUCCCCGUGCUCGUACAGGGGCGCUUCGCAACCCAGGGACAGGGUGGGUGGCAUGUUUGCAAGCGUGCUUGCUGGGGGCAGGCUCGCAUUGCACCCGGGGGACUGGAGUUCGGCUCUUCCCCUAAAUAAAAAUCCUUUGGAAAAGAAACCAAAGAAAGUGAAACAAUGCAAAAAAAUAAAAAUCAAAAAUCAAAUAAA